ACAGACCCGAGCGACUAGCAGGCGGAGCAGGCAGCGGCGACGACGGCGGCGGGUCGGCGGCGGCCUGCUACCGGCGAGCACCUCCUCCAUUUCCCCCGUCAAGAAAUGAAGGUUAAGAUUCUUCAGUGGCAUGCGGUGGCUUCUUGGACAUGGGACGCCCAAGAUGAGACAUGUGGCAUAUGCAGGAUGGCAUUUGAUGGCUGCUGCCCUGAUUGUAAGUUCCCUGGUGAUGAUUGCCCGCUCAUUUGGGGUGCCUGCAAUCAUGCUUUCCAUCUUCACUGCAUACUCAAGUGGGUGAACUCUCAAACAUCAACCCCCCUUUGCCCCAUGUGCCGUAGAGAGUGGCAGUUCAAGGGCUAAUUGGCAUGUCAAAGUAUGUCAGCACCAGGUGUGUUCUUAGCUCAUAGAGAGCUGGAAUGGGUUUUAAGCUGGAAUGUAGUUAUGUUGUCUUGUAAGGGUUCUGUAGUAGUUUCUGGAAAUCAGGAGGAUUGGCAUGUUUUAAGUCAAACUGUGAGGCCGUGAGCCACAGCUAUUGUGUCUUUCCAAGUUUCUGACCGAGCAAAUGCAAUGAUUAAAUUUGAAAGUUCUAAGCAGCCUGAGAUUGUGACAAA